GUGCACUUUCGCAGACGCACUCAGAUUGCGCUUGACCAUAGCUCAGUGUGCCUACGAUAAAAACCUAUUUACAAUUCGAGAUUUAAAAAUAUUCGCUUGUCAAUUCUCACUUCGAUAUUCAAAAAUUUUUGUUUCCCGCGUAAUAGUUAUUCUUGAUUUGAAUAGAACACAGGUUUUGUUAAUGUUUUAAUUAAAUAAAUCUAAGAAAUCAUUCAAAAUGCGUUCAUUAAGUAUGGUAAUUAGUAUAAGUGUAUUUGUGGUGUGCCUGUCUCAGUUGACGAAGACCGAAAGGGAAGCACUCGAAAUUGAGAGAAUAUUCUCAGCGUGCAGAAAAUCGUCACCAGACUUCGAUGGGUGUAUCAAGAGGGCUUUCAACAAAGUGCGACCCUAUUUUAAAGUAGGUAUCCCCGAAAUGGGCGUGGCUCCGUUCGACCCUCACUUCGCGCGGGAGGUGAGGCAGGUGCGAGCAAUCAACGGGGUCGGCUACACACUCACGUUAAACAACGUCUUUGAAAGGGGCUGGUCGAAUUCCGUCGUUACAAAAUACAAAACUGAUUGGGAGAACCAGCGCAUUAUAUAUUCACAAUACUUUCCAGAAAAGUGGCUCAAUGGCGACUACGAGUUCAAGGGUGACGCAUUCGGUUUAGGUGUGCUCCGGUCUGGUCGCUGGAACAUGACAUUGCGCGACUACUCCCAAACGACGCGUAUCAAGCGUAACGGCACAGUGGUGGACGUGCACGUAGAAGUGGACCAUAUCGGCGACAUGGAGAUACACGUCGGCAACCUCGUCAGGGGAAAUGGAAUACUUGGUACAUACAUGCAGCGCAUGUUAGACCGGCUAAUCAAUGCGACAUGGAAGCCAGGCUUUGCAGUCAUCAGACCACUAAUCAAUGACCUCGUCAGCACUGCUUUUACCGACAUCUGGAGUCAUUCCUUCAAAGAUUUUCCCCUCGACAACUUUAUUAGGGACUGAUAUUGUUCUUUUUAUUAUUUAAGCGUAGCUUGUAAGUGUUGCAGUUGAAUAAGUGCCAGUUUGUAAAUACAAACACCAACAUAAUGAUAGUGUAAUCUGUCCACCUUAUAUUAAGGUUAAUGUACAUACC